AUUCAAAUUCAAGAUGCCAAAUGCGUUCUCCUCAACAUUUCGUGUCUGGAGUUUGUCUUCCCCCGGUCUUCUGUGGUUGCUGGCCUUGCCUCCAGUGACCAGAAGCUACCCCAGAGGCAGAGCCACCACUCAAAUGGCUGUUGCUGCCAUAAAUCAUAGCAGCCUCCGAUGGAUGAACUGUCGUCCAUGGCUUCGAAGCCCCGGCACUCCGCCACUUUCUUUUUCUUCCUUUUCUUCAGUUGCCGCAUUCUCUCCCUUGCCUUCUUCUUCUUCUUCCAUGGAGGACUCAGAAUCUCAGCCCAACACUUCCAAGUCCAGUUCUCAGCCCUACUUCCCGAAGAGAGGCCAGACCCUUGAACUGGUCUGCGAAACCCUAGCUUUUAAGGGCAAGGGUGUCUGCAAGGUCGCCGACACUGGCUUCGUUGUCAUGUGUGAUCGUGCACUCCCCGGUGAACGCUUCAUCGGUCGCAUUACUCGCAGGAAGAACAAUUAUGCCGAGGCAACAAAAGUGAAGACUAUAUCUCCUCAUUUGGACUUAGUGGAUGCCCCUUGUGUACAUGCUUUACAUUGUGGAGGUUGUAAGACUCAGAACUUGUUGUAUAAUGCCCAGCUUAGGGCUAAAGAACAACAAGUUUUUGAGCUGGUGGUACACGUCGGCAAGUUUUCUGAUAAAGACCCAGAAUUCUCUAGCAUCAUGAAGCCCAUCGUUCCUUGUGACAUCCAAUUCAAUUAUAGAAAUAAGAUGGAAUUCUCUUUUGCUACUCAAAAAUGGGUGGCUAGAGAAUUGUUGCAUGAGAAACAAUAUGGUCAUAGUGGCUACGCAUUGGGGUUGCAUGCUCCUGGUUUUUUUGAUAAAGUUCUGAAUGUGAACAAGUGCUUAUUACAGAGCGACCAGGCCAAUGUGGUUCUUGCAGCUAUUCAAGAUUUUUGGAGAGAUCCUGAAUUAGGUCUUUCCCCAUAUGACGUUCACAGUCACAUUGGUUUUCUUAAACAUCUAAUGCUAAGAACUGGCAGGGAUGUCAAGACUGGUUUACCUGAACUUAUGGUUAAUUUUGUGACUUCAUCAUACAAGCCAGAGCUGCUGAAGCCCCUUGUUGAGAAAAUCUCUGCUAUUCCUGAAGUGGUAAGCAUUGUAAACAAUGUUAAUACUUCGGUUGGUAACACAUCUGUUGGGGAAGAGGAAUACACUCUAUAUGGCAAAUCCACCAUCACAGAGAUCUUAAAGGGGCUUAAAUUCCAAAUUUCAGCCAACUCUUUCUUCCAGACAAAUACACAUCAGGCGGAGGUAUUAUAUAAACUUAUAGAAGAUUGUGCUGGUCUCAAGGGGGAUGGCUCAGAAAUUGUUCUUGACUUGUUUUGUGGAACUGGCACCAUUGGCCUGACCCUUGCCAGAAAAGUUAGGCAUGUAUACGGCUAUGAAGUAGUUGCUCAAGCUAUCUCAGAUGCUCGUCGGAAUGCCAAGUUGAAUGGUAUCUGCAAUGCCACAUUUGUCCAAGGGGAUCUUAACAAAAUUGGUGAAAAUUUUGGCGGUGAUUUUCCUAAGCCUGACAUUGUCAUUUCAGACCCAAACCGACCGGGCAUGCACAUGAAUUUGAUUAAGUUUCUGCUGAAGCUUAAAGCCUCACGUAUUAUUUAUGUAUCGUGCAAUCCUGCUACUUGUGCCCGUGAUCUUGAUUACCUCUGUCAUGGCAUGAUGGAGAAAAAUAUAGAAGGAUGUUACAAAUUGAGAAGCCUACAGCCAGUGGACAUGUUCCCUCAUACUCCUCACAUUGAAUGCGUUUGCCUGCUGGAGCUUUGUUGAUCUCUGGUGGUUUACUUAACAUGCUCAAUGUAUUGCUGAGAUAGAGAUGGUCUCAAAUAUAUCUGCACCUACGUUGUAAUGGCCGAUUUUGUCAUUUUAGGGUGGUUUGUCAUUGUCAUUUCUUGAUGAUUCUUGUUAUUUGUAGAAUCCCUCAACCAUAGGGAAAAGGUUCUAAAUGAACUGUUACUUCAAGAAACCAGAGUUUUGUUCAUUAAGGUUUGUUCGGCUCAGCAGAUACGAUCCCUAGUUUUUAUGGUGCAACAUUGGGUGGGGGUGGGCUUAGCCCAUUGAUGUCGUAUAAGGUUCCCCGAGAAAGCCAUCUGCACGAGUCCACACAUCUUCCUUGCACCCCAACAUGCAUGCUCGCAUUUAUCUCUAGUUCUGCCAUUUCCACAGUGAAUUUCCCGCACUUGUUUCUUCUCUGCCGUUCCCACCCCCCUUGCUUCAAUCAACACUUCUAUGCCAUGAUGAUUCCUCCUUUUGGCGCUUCAUUCAGGUUUCCUGAUCUGGGUGUGAGUUGAAAUGGAUUUUGAGUUUGGGUCUAAUGGAUCAUGAAUUGCACCGUUCUUAGGCUGUGUUUUUUGUUUUGAUUUUAGAUCUACGCUAAGAUGGUGUUAUUUUAGAAUCUUCUAUAUAAAGUUGUUGGAUGGGCUUGAGAUAU